GCGAUCUAUAUAUAAAUAUAUAUAUAUAAAUAUAUCUAAUCUAAGCUUUGGAGAGCUUCGGCAAGUGUGUAACUUUUUUUUUCUUCUCAAAAAAAGAGACCCCGCCAACCGCUAAAAUUUGGGGGGGAACGGCUUUCGCCCUGGAGCGGUGCGCGAUGCUCUCUCACGCCGACCUCCUGGACGCCCGGCUCGGAAUGAAGGACGCCGCCGAGCUGCUGGGCCACCGGGAGGCGGUCAAGUGCCGCCUGGGCGUCGGGGGCGCCGAGCCCGGAGGAGGCCACCCGGGAGACCUUUCCUCCAACGCCGACGCCGUGGAAGGGGCCACCAUGCUGCCCGGGGAGGACCUCGCCGCCGUGGGAGCCACGCCCGGAGCCCUGGUCGUCGCUGCCGCCAAGGACCCGGAUAAGCAGCCGCCCGGAGGGCCCAACCCGGGGCAAGGCGGCGGCGGGGGAGGAGGAGGCGGAGGAGGAGGCCCGCAGCAGCAGCAGCAGGGGCCACAGCAGGGCCAGCAGCAGCAGAGCCAGCAGAAGCAGAAGCGGCACCGGACGCGCUUCACGCCGGCCCAGCUCAACGAGCUCGAGCGCAGCUUCGCCAAGACCCACUACCCGGACAUCUUCAUGCGAGAGGAGCUGGCCCUCCGCAUCGGCCUCACCGAGUCCCGCGUCCAGGUGUGGUUCCAGAACCGGCGCGCCAAGUGGAAGAAGCGCAAGAAGACGACGAACGUGUUCCGGGCGCCGGGCACGCUGCUGCCCACGCCGGGCCUGCCCCAGUUCCCCUCCGCCGCCGCUGCCGCCGCGGCCGCCAUGGGCGACAGCCUGUGCUCCUUCCACGCCAACGACGGGCGCUGGGCGGCGGCUGCCAUGCCGGGCGUGUCGCAGCUGCCGCUUCCCCCGGCGCUGGGCCGGCAGCAGGCCAUGGCCCAGUCGCUGUCGCAGUGCAGCCUGGCCGGAGGGCCCCCGCCCAGCCCCAUGGGCCUCUCCAACAGCCUCGGCGGCUCCAACGGCGCCGGCCUCCAGUCGCACCUCUACCAGCCCGCCUUCCCCGGCAUGGUCCCGGCCGCCCUGCAGGGCCCCAGCAACGUGGCCGGCUCCCCGCAGCUCUGCAGCUCCCCGGACAGCAGCGACGUCUGGCGGGGCACCAGCAUCGCCUCCCUCCGCCGCAAGGCCCUCGAGCACACGGUCUCCAUGAGCUUCACCUAAAGCACCCCGCCCGCCCGUCCGUCCGCACUGCCCUGGGGCCAUCGCGCGAUAGGCACCGCUCUCCUUCUCCUGCAGUCUGGGCCGGACAAGG